GACUACGCUACUAACCUUCAAUAUUUCCUCGCACCAAAUUGCCUUCCACUCUCACGAGCCAGAAUCUGUUUCAUUUUUCGCGGCAAAACCCCCCCUUUGGCGUCUCCACUACGAUUCUCCCAGUUUCAGGUUGGGGGCUGGUGAAAGAUAAUGAAGAAAUCACCAUUACCAUUGCAAAAUAUAUGUGGGCCUGAGAAACAAAAAAUUGGCAAGGAAGCUUUAGUAAAGCUCCUUAGGUGGCAUUUUGGGCAUUCCGAGUUUCGUGGAAAGCAAUUGGAAGCUAUUGAAGCGGUACUUUCAGGAAGGGAUUGCUUUUGUCUUAUGCCAACUGGUGGAGGGAAAUCGCUGUGUUAUCAAAUUCCCGCCCUGGCAAAAACCGGCAUUGUGCUUGUUGUCAGCCCUUUGAUAGCCCUAAUGGAAAAUCAAGUAAUGGCAUUGAAAGCGAAAGGAAUAGCUGCAGAAUAUCUUUCUUCAACCCAAACUGCACAAGUUAAAAGCAAGAUUUAUGAAGACAUUGAGUCUGGAAAGCCAUCCUUAAGGUUGUUGUAUGUGACACCAGAACUGAUUGCGACAUCAGGAUUUAUGUCAAAAUUGACCAAGAUCCAUGCUAGAGCAUUGCUGAAUCUUAUUGCCAUUGAUGAGGCACAUUGCAUUUCGACAUGGGGCCAUGACUUCAGGCCCAGCUACAGGAAGCUUUCUUCUUUAAGGAACCGACUGCCUGGCAUACCCUUGUUGGCAUUGACAGCAACUGCUGUCCCAAAAGUUCAGAAGGAUGUCAUAGAGUCCUUGUCCUUGCAUAACCCAUUGGUGCUGAAAUCAUCCUUCAACCGUCCAAAUAUUUAUUAUGAAGUUCGAUACAAGGACCUUAUGGAUGACCCAUAUGCUGACUUAUGUAAUUUCCUUAAAUCACACGGAGAUAUCUGUGGAAUUGUUUACUGUCUUGAACGUACAACUUGUGAUGACCUGGCUUCUCAUCUAUCAAAACAUGGAGUUACUUGUGCCGCGUAUCAUGCUGGACUGAACAGUAAAUUGAGGAGCUCUGUAUUGGAUGAUUGGAUUUCAGCAAAAACACAGGUUGUCGUGGCAACUGUGGCCUUUGGGAUGGGUAUAGAUCGAAAGGAUGUCAGAAUUGUCUGCCAUUUCAAUAUUCCCAAGUCCAUGGAGGCCUUUUAUCAGGAGUCAGGUAGAGCAGGGCGUGAUCAGUUGCCAUCAAGAAGUCUUUUGUAUUAUGGAGUGGAUGACAGGAAGAGAAUGGAAUUUAUUCUGGGUACUGCUAAGAACAAUAAGUCACAGUCCUCAAGCUUGCAGGAUGAUACCUCAAAGAAAUCCUUGGCAGACUUUAGACAGAUGGUUGAAUAUUGCGAAAACUCUGGUUGCCGUAGGAAGAAGAUCCUUGAGAGUUUUGGAGAACAGGUACCUGCGUCAUUAUGUGGAAAAACCUGUGAUGCAUGCAAGGAUCCUCAUUUGGUUUCCAAGUAUUUGGGGGAGCUUACAAGUGCUUGCACUUUUAGAAAUCAUUCCUCCAGAAUAUUCAUCAGCAGCUCUGCAAAUCUCCAUGAUGAAGAACAGAUUUCUGAGUUCUGGAGUCGUGAUGAAGAAGCAAGUGGAUCAGAAGAAGAUAUAUCUGAUGCUGACGAUGUUGACGGUCCAAAGAACAUGUUCGAAUCAAGGUCAGUUACAAAUUCAAGCCUGAAUGAUAGGAUUGAAUUGUUGCAACGUGCAGAAGAGAGUUAUUAUCGAAAUGACUUGCCGGACAAACAGGUUCACAAGAUCGAUAAGAACAACAUAACAGAAGCAUUAAGAGAGGCUGGCAAGCAAAGAUUAUUAAAUACAAUGAAGCAAAACCAGCAAAAGCUUGAUGUUUUACGGAUUGAUUAUGAAGAAUCUGCCAGGACACUUGAAAAUGAGUGUCACAAGAAGUAUGGGAAGAGUGGCAAAUCUUUUUAUUUAUCUCAAUUAGCAAGUACCGUGAGAUGGAUCUCUACAGCAAACUCGGAAGAAUUAGUGAAUAGGCUCAACAGCAGCCAAAGUCCUGGGUGCAGUGCUAUGACUGCAAAGUCAGAUUGCUCUUUGCCUUCAGUAUCUCCAUCAGGUGGCAAGUCAAUAGUUACAGAUGAUGAAAAAUUGCAUGACAGCAGCGUAUCAGAAACCCCUUUAAGAGCAUUGCAACAUGCUUCUGAAGACACGAAGUUGCCACCAAUUCCAUCUUUCUCUGAUUUCAUCAAUAGCCGAAAUCCAAAUGAUAACAAAAAUUUGAAAUCCCGAAAGCAACCUCCUAGUAGAGAUCACAAGAAUCCUGAUAAGAGGGUGAGAAACCAAUAGGCUGAAUUUGAUAAUUCUUCACCUCAUUUUGCCUAUUUUCCUCUUUAUAUUCUCAAGUCCUUCAGCCAGGCGAAGGUGGCUCGCAUUUGCUCAUUGUAUGUCCGCUUUCAGCAAAGAUGAUGUGUGUGGUUUACGGUUGACUUAGGAGCGAGGUCGUUUUUCUUUUUCUUCACCCAUUA